AUGGAUCUUGAGUCCGCUACUUCUGAACGGCCCGCUAAGCGAGUGCGGCAGGCUUGUGAACCGUGCAGGCGGAAAAAGGCAAAAUGUCCUGGGGAACAGCCGACUUGCUCUUUAUGCGCGCGAUUAGGUCAGACAUGUGCCUAUGCAGCUGAGCACCGAAGACCAUUGACGAAUGGUCUCAGUUCUUCAGGAGACUUAGCCUCUGGGCUUUCCACCUCGGAGUCUAGAAUUACCCGAAUAUUGGAAGAUCGCCUGGGAAACUGCGAAGCUAAGAUGAACGAGCUUCUUGACGCUCUGAGACGUAACACAUCGAAUCAACUUCAGGAGAAAGAGGCAUCAGCCAGACCAUCUCCUUUGGCCAGCGUGUUGAAUACAUCAUCAUUGAAUACCUUUACACCACUACCCAGAUGGGAGAAGGUAUUGUCGAUAGCAGAGUUGUAUCUUCUAUAUUGCGAUGGUCAACCUCUUCCGUUAUUUCACAGGCACAGCUUCUUGCACAGUUUACCAACCCGUGACCCAGAGCUAAUCUAUGCCAUCCUGGCCUUGAGCGUCAGAUUCUCGAACGAUGAAGCCUCUAGUCCUGAUGAACUUCCGUCUCUCAUAAAUGGUUAUACGGAAGUUGCAAGGAGCUUGGUCAUGAAAAGGGUUUCGGAAGGACCAGUCGAACUUUCCACUCUCCAGAGCUUGUGUCUACUCAGUUUAGUUGACUUUACCAAUGGGAAUACACAUCGCUCAAGUAUUCAUUGUAGCUUAGCAAUGAACUUGGCGCAGUGUGCUAAUCUUGCCUCGGAAUCGCACUCGUCACAACUCUCAUCACUUGAAGAACGUAGGCGUUGCUUCUGGAGUAUCUGUCUGCUGAAACGUCUUCACGGUGUUGACGUUGAAAAUUUGGAUUUUCCCGAAGGGAAUUUCCCCCCUUUCCCUGAAAGUCCAAGUAGGCCUCCGCCGCCUGACUCAGUAGGUGAUGCAGUCGAUGAGACUCGAUCAUCAGGCAUGCAUGAUCAGGGUAUCCUUGCGUACAUGAUUAUGCUCAGUGGUGUUUUUGCAAAAACUGCCAAAUAUGUCCGGCGUCACGGAAAGCCGGGAAACUUGCCUCCUUGGUCAUCAGAAUCAGAUUACUCGAAGAUUUUGGCUGCUCAGAUGGACCUUGAGACUCAGAUGCCAUACAUCCACAGAUUCAAGCCAGCUAGCCUUAAUGAAAGAACAUCAGAAGACCUUCAAACCAGAAGAGAUUACUGGGGCCCAUGGCUGUUAAACCAAUUCCUGUAUCACACUAUAUUGUGCUUGGUCAAUCACCCGCUUCUUCUUUCCCUCAGUCUCAGGAACUUUAGAAGCACCAUUCCGGAGAUAUUCUUACAGCAUAGCUCGGAUCUCAUUUCAUCGCAUACGACAUGGAUUAUACAUUUCAUCAACUUUUUCGAAGAGCGGUGUUACACGAUCUCGGACCCGUUUCUGGGCUACAGCGCUGCUGUGGUAGCUACAAUUGAACUACAACUCAGCUUCACCGAAAAUGCUGCUAUUCGAGAUGAGAAGCGAGACCGUUUCUACAGGUGUGUUAGAUUUGUGCAGAGACUGGGACAAAAAUGGCCUCACAUGGCACGAUUGGCGGAUAGACUACAAAAGUUGGAGGAUGCUGUGUCUGCAUCCUAUCAGCCAGCGUCAGGCUUACUGAACAAGUACCUUCUCAUAGAUCUAUCCCGCUUUUGGGAGAUCCUCGAAUAUUCUUCCAACAGUGACACCGACUCAGCUCGCCGUAUGUUUGGGGACUCUCUGUACUCCGAGCCACCUGCAAUUGCGGCUGAAGUAUCGCAAACCUCACCUCUGCCUGAACCAUUCCGCUUACAGUCUCAUCACACGUCAGCCUCAUCACCGGGCUCGCAACGCAAUGUUCCUACUUCACUCCUGACUGGUGAACAAUGUCCAAUGGGGUCUAUGAGCUCGCCUCGGUCACCGGACCCAAUGAAUGACGAAUUCUCAAUCUUGGCCGCCAAUUUCUUCUCCCAAGCUCAAGACUUCCUACCAAGAGUUGAUAGCAGAGACGGUUUUGGUCAUCUUUGA